AUGGCAGGGGAACCGAUUUUGGUGUCGGUGGCGCUCGGGAUUUUGGUGUCUGAGCUUAGCGAGGAGCCGUGGAAGGGAAAGGUCAUAACUUUCAGCGAGAAACCCCAGCUUCACGCAGUGAAGGGGGAAAACUUGAAGGAGAAGACUGAGUUUGUGAGGAGGAUGGAUUGGAUGAUGAACACCGACUUCCAGAAGGUUUUUGAUUUGCUGCUUGUGGUGGCUGUCGAAGGGAAACUGAAGCCAGAGAAUAUGAUCAAGAGGGUGUUUGUUUUCAGUGAUAUGGAGUUUGACCAGGUGUCACUGAACCCGUGGGAGACUGACUACCGAGCGAUUGUGAGGAAGUUUUGGAACCUGAGGGAGUCACGGGCCACACCGGUGGGGGCGGGCCAGCCGGAAGUGGCGCUCGUGAGCGGGUUUUCGAAGAAUCUGAUGAAGUUGUUUUUGGAGGAAGGUGGUCUUGAUUGUUAUAGUAAUGGUUAA